CAUCAGCGGGCUUCCUCCCUGCUUGCAGUAGUAUGGCUUUAAGAAGGUGUUUUAAUAAAAAAUGAAUCUCACGUUGUCAGUGUGACAUCACCACUGUAUCUUUCCGAGCAGAACCUAUACAGAGGCGCGCAGCCUGACUGCAAGGUUUAACGAUUACAUGAUAACUCUUUUGUAUUUCUCAAAUGUGUUCUUUUUUCGCGCGACAAAGCGGAGCUGUUGGAUAUCCCGACAUCCUCGUCUAAUAUUUGUCUGCACAAACAAACAAAAAUAGGAAUAGCUCAUUUAUUUCUGCGGGGGCUGUGGAAGCGAUUUUUCGCCGCAUUUACAGUAUAAUGUUAGCAAGAAGGAUGCAUCUAAUUACCCUCACAUAAUUAUAUUUUAAAGUAAACGACACCACUUUUUUUAAGUGCUUUGAGAGAAACGCACUGUUGUUAGAAACGUUCCACGUUAGCCUAUAGAAAAUACACGUCUCGUGAAAAGACAUGGAUUCCAGCAACUCGAGGUUCUAAAAAAUAUAAUACCUAGGCCUGUAUUUCAUUAUUUUGGAAUACAUCACUGGGACCCUCCUUGCUGGUGGUUCUCUGUAAGCAAGUGAGAUUUUAAAAACUAUGCGUCUGGAUUUUCCCAUCUCGCCACAUUCAGACAAAUUGAAAGGGAAGGGCAACGGAUGGAUGUGAAACGAGGAAUGAGAUAAGCAUCUUUUCACUCGGCGAGCAUCCGCACAGCUGCAGCAGCUCUCUCUCCCAUACACAGAGAGAGCCUGUAGACGGACUACCGAGCGUCUAACGCAGAAAUUUAUGAUCGCAUCCUGAGUUAACUUAGCUUGUAUGUUUACCGCCUGGAUGAUGGUAUUACAGUUGGUCCCGCGAGGUGAUGUAAGCUGAAUAAUUCAAUGCGGGUGCACGUCCGGGAGCUGUCCGUGCUGUUGUGGUGCUGAUGCGGCUCUGAGAGAAGCGAGCAUGGCUGCCGGGAAGCUGCUGCUGUACGCCGGCCUCUCACUUUCGCUGUGCGCCCUGGGGAUGCUGGCGGUGGCUAUCUGCUCCGACCACUGGUACGAGACGGACGCGCGAAGAUACAGGGAGCGAUGCCGAAGCUUCACCAGCCGCAGGAACGACCCGGGCUUUAUUUACAUCCCCAAUAACAGCCUCCCGCUCCGCGCGAGCAGGUCGAGGCUGGACCGCUGGGAGGAGAAGCUGCUGCUGGCACGGAACCGGCGGCAGCUGUUUGCCAUGAGCGCGGCGGACGAGUGCAGCAGGCAGUAUAACUCCACCAACAUGGGGCUGUGGAGCAAAUGCCAUCGGCUAGGAUUCGACCAGGACAUCGAGAACCUCAUUCGUAAAGGUGCCAUCACAAGAUGCUCCUUCAUCAAGUACCAUUACUCCUCGGCCACAAUACCGAAGAACCUCUCCUACAACAUCACAAAGACCAUUCAACAGGAUGAGUGGCACUCUCUGCACCUGCGGCGGAUGACAGCUGGCUUCAUGGGCAUGGCAGUGGCCAUCAUCCUGUUCGGCUGGAUCAUCGGAGUGCUGGGCUGCUGCUGGGACAGGGGACUCAUGCAGUAUGUGGCCGGUCUGCUCUUCCUCAUGGGAGGCACCUUCUGCAUCAUAUCCCUGUGCACAUGCGUGGCCGGCAUCAACUUCGAGCUCUCCCGCUACCCGCGCUACUUGUACGGGCUCCCCGACGACAUCGGCCACGGGUACGGCUGGUCCAUGUUCUGCGCUUGGGGGGGUCUGGGCCUCACCCUCAUCGCCGGCUUCUUCUGCACCCUGGCCCCCUCUGUCCAGCCCCUGCCCCGCUCCACCUGCCCCAAGUCCCGGCCUGAGAACGGCACAGUGUGCUAAGCGCCCCUCUCGCAGACGCCCGCCGGUGCCCAGCGGCUCUGUGCGCGGGAGGCCUUGCCUAAGACCCGGCGAGGACACAGCACAGCGAGAGGGAGAAGAGGAGCGCUCGUGUACACCGACAACCAUUUCAAACCUUUCCAAUCUUAAAUAGCCACAGACGAUGACUAUAUUUCUAAUGUGUGUAAAAUAAAAAAAAAAAAAAAAAGAAAAAACCAUUAAAACAAUGGCAAUUUCUUGGUUCCUCCCACUAGACUUUAGGAAACCAAGGCAAGUGUGAAACAGAGACUGAGGGAGGGAAGUGGUACUGUGCCUGUGUGGGAGUUGUACAGAUACUCGGAUGAACGCCGGAGGAGUCUGCGGUCCACGCAGAAGAACUUUGGCCACCCGUGAAUUUAAACAAGAAACGGAAGCGUGAGAGGAAAGAGUGCUGUCGCGGGGUGACGGGGAAAUCAAUGCAGUUGUCUUUAGGAAAACGCCGCCUAUUCUAGCGCAGGAAGCUACGGCAGGCUCUCUGUCACAUCCGUUUUUCCUCGGGCCGGAGGUAGCGCACUGAGCAGUGAUUCCUCCCCCCCUUCCCGCCUCCCCAGCCCCCGGAUAGCGACUGAUUGAUGCAAUUAGCUGACAGCAGAGCAGACUUCGUGACAGAAGGCGAGUGCUGGAAAUGGGCAGAGGGAAAAGGUGUGGUACUGGUUGUGAAUAACUUGCUCAAAACAUUGCUAUUCCCCAGUGCUGACAGACUGAUAAGCCUCAGGGUUUCAAAGGAUUUGGGUUUCUCCAAAUCAUUAACACAAAAAUAAAAAACCUAAUUUCGUCUGAGUCAAAAAAGCAGGCGUGGGACCCAAGAGACCGUUGUGAGCCUCCUGGGCUGUUGUUGAACCCCCGGUGUGCACAGCUGGGCUUUCUUACCUUCAACAGGAACAGUCACUGUACAUGCCAGGGCAUCUCCACCAUUGUACAAAAUUGUACAGAAUACUACCAAGAAUCGAGAUGUGAAACUCCAUGUUUGAAUUUUCACAUUCAGAAGACAUCUCAUUUUCUUCCUGCUCCUGUUUGGGAACAGCAGGGGUUUUUUUGUGUAAUCAUAUUUAUUUGUUGUCAGUUGUCAUUUUCUUUUUCUCUUUUUAAAAUGAAACCCAUCCAGGAUGUGUGCUAUGGGAGACUG